CAGCGGGGCCGGCCUCCGCUCAGCAACACGCCGACAUGCUUUCGGAGAGCCACAUUGCUCGCACUCAUUUCAACAAUAGCACUUAGUCAUCCCCCAUCCAAAGUUGGUUCACACAGACCAGAUAACGUGCAAGUGAGGUGGCGGGAGAUGAAGAUUACUGUUUGUGUUUUGUCAACCAGUAGACAGGAUGAUCCCUGUAGGUUCUGCCGGUACAGCAUUUGCAGUAAGCUGUGGGUUUGUUUUAAGAGGGUCUUGAAGUGGGAGCAGCGAUGUUGUCUUGGUACAUCUGUGAAGUUGGUCAGCCAAAUUUAUCACAAGUGCUUGAAAAUGCCUUCCCUGACUCAGUCAUCAUCGAAGUUAAUAAUUUGGUACUGAAUAACCCAGUUUAAAAAAUGUAUUUUAAAUGGAGCACAAGUCCGUUGACUUGUCUCUAGCAUCACAUGGAUAUAAAAAUCCUCAAAGGUUAGGAAAACCUGUGUCGCACGUUAGGGCUGAAAGAUAUAUCAUAGUCAUAUUACUAUAUAGGUUUGCACCUUCCAGGUAUUAAUAUCGGAAUAAUAUCACAAAUAACCACGGUCAUGUCCUGCUUGCCCUUCAGUGACAGCGUCAGCCAGCCGGAGGCAGACAUCCGACUUUACGGGUGCUUGAUCGUGAUUUUUUUUUUUUUUCCAAAAAUAUUAUUUACAACAUAUUUCAAGACAACAUGUCCAUAUAGUAUUGUAUCGAGAUAUCUGGCAUGAACAUCGAAAUAUGACAUUUUGUUCGUAACGUUCAGCCCUACAUUACAUCCCAGUUAUUCCAAGUGGAUGUUGAUUUUCACUAAAAUGUGAGACCCUCUCAUGCGCUUACAACUUGGGUCUCUCCUGGAUCACCUCACACCCAAGAUAUCCAUCUCCAUAUCCACCUCACAAAAUGCCUCAAUCACCGCUACCAGACUCUGUACUGAAAUAACCGCAGCUCUUCUCUGAAUCUCACACCUCUUUUACACCACCUGCCGCAGAAGAUUUUGAACAGCUUCCAAGAAUAAAAAGAGGACCAGCCAAACUUCUGCGCCCUGACAUUAGAUGAGUGUUUCAUAACCCUACGGUCCGUUCAAGCCUGUUCCUGCUCAAUAUUAAUACUCCCCAAACAUGGUUGCUGCAGGUUUACAAGCGCGAGCUCUGCUUGAGUGUUUUGCUGCCUGAGGGACAUGAAAGAUCAAAAAUGCUCUACCACGGAAGGGGUGUUGGACUUGGCUCGCAGUGAGGAUCUUCUUGGUCCUAUUCGUGCCUGCUGCUCUCUCAUCACCUUCCGUAGGUCUGAUGGAGAUAAAGGCACUAAUGAGGCCGAGGAGUCCGCCCUGCAGGAAAGCUGGAGCAGGUUCACUAGAUUUUAUCAGUAAAAAGAGGAACUACUGUGAGUCAAGCCAUGAAACGGCCACUUCAGUGUUGGUGGUGGUUGCUCAGCGGUCGGUACGCUGGCGUUGGUCAUCUCACUUGUUGUGGGAGUGACGCUGUUUUUAGUAGAGAGUGAGCACCCGGCACAGUUUUGAACUGUUGCAUAACUCCUGCUGCUUAUCGCUCCACCACUGUCUGGCUGAUAAACAAGGGAAGCUCAGUGGUUUGGUUUUCCUCUGAUUGUGAUGCCUGGACGCACUCUGUCAACAUCAGAAGGGAUUCAGUUCUCAGGGGACGACUGUCGAUGAGUGAGGAGAGCCAGAAUGAUCAGACACGAAUCAGCUUCCCAUUGGCACCGUCCGCUAUUCUCAAGAUACGAGGCGACACACACAGCAGCGUCAUUAGGGGCAGACAGACUCAGGAGGUGCAGGAGUGUUGAUGCAAGCUUCUUCCCUGUCCAUCAGCCUGUGAGGGCCAGACCCUCCUUGAUCUUCUUGUCUCUACUCAGCAGUGAGGAAGACACCAAGCCGCUGAGGCCUGCCACUUCACAGAGGGCGGACACUGAAGCCCACUGCUCUCAGGUCGACGGCCAAGUGAGCCCACCAGACACAUCUGCUGCCCAACAAAAUGUCACCAGCUAUUUCCCUGACUGGGCGUUUUCACCGUCUACAGUUCAGGCAGAUGACGAUCUAAAGACUGAUUCUGAAGAACCCUGCGAUUCCAGCAUGUUGUCUUCUACUAUGGCGACGGUCCUGGCUCCACACUUUGGUCGACGGACCCAAAGGUUCGACAGUCAAGGGAAUAUGCAGGAUGGGACAAAAGUUCAAACAAGCCCCUCUCGAGAGUUUCAGGGGACCCAGCGUAGUGUGGGCAGGAUGUUUUCUAAUGCGUCUCAGGACCAGCUAAGAUCCAGGAGGAGCACAGUGGAUUGGUCGUCUAGCAGUGGCCCUGUAAGCUUGAACAGCAGCACAAAGAGUUAUACGCUUCAGUCCAUUCCGACAGGAGUUUCAUCUGAGGCUACGGUUAACAGAAACAAAGUAGGAUCCGCGCGACCUGAAAUCAGGUCCUCCUCGAUCAUGUCGAGCGUGGACCGAAAGAACACAGAGCAGAUCUCAUCUCUAGGCUCCAAGCCGACAACCAGCAGUCUUCUUCUGUCUUUACGAAGGAUGAAUUCCAACCGAAGUGGAACAUCAUCAGCCUCUGAAGUCCAACCACCAACUCAGAGCAGUUCACCUCAAACUGAAAAUGGGAAAAUUUUCAAGACACUCCUUUCCCACACCCUCAGCAGUCCUUCCCAGGAAAGGUUCAAUCCAACGUCGUCUUCGUCGUCUGGCACACAUCAGACUUCUGAAACUGGUGCGCCAUCAGCCUGGUCCUCUUCAUCCACUGACAAGGUUGCAGACAGGUCUACUCAGAGAAUUAGCCAAACCCAGUCCCGUUUCCUGGCCUCAAGACAGGCCUUCAUGGAGGGCAGAGCGUACAGCAGUCUACAAGAGAGGGCAGAUGUGGGGAAAGAGCUCUCAAAGUCGUCCCCCCGAGAUUCUGUAAAUGGAGUCAAAACUGUACCAUUAAAGACAACCCUGUCUGAAUCCUCAGCUGGGUGGAGGCAACAUAGCUAUGACUCACCUCCACUCGGCAUAAAUGAUGCAAACGCACUAAAGAAGCACGACUUGGUUUCAUCGAAUAACAUCUACAACUUGUCGUCAUCAGGUUUGACCAACAGUAAAAGACCAGCAAAUGAAGUCAUCAAUAACGGACCCAGCUGCAAGACAACAUACUCCUUUAACUUGUCCACUAUCAAAAAAUCGUCACUGGAACUUGAGAAGAAACCAAAGGAGGUGAAAAGCGAAGGCCUGCAGGCGCAUCAAAAUCUGCCUGAUCUUUUGGUGAGUUCCAAAAUAACCUCCACUUCAGCACAAGCCCCAAAUAUGACCUUCAGAAAACCCUCUCUGACUCUUGACCUGAGCAGCAGCUUCACACCUGGCAGAGCCCAGGGCUCCCCUCCUUAUCAAAUGAGUCCAGUCUCCCCUCCAAGAAAUAAUCCUAGUCCGUCAUUCCCUGGAUCAGGUUCACGUCAGACAACUUCCCCCUCGCCUAUUGGCUUUGAGAGGAGCUAUGCUUCCAUGCCGAAGCCAUUUCAAUCGGAUGCGGGGUCCAAAAUUAGUCACACAGUUGACAUCAUGUCGAAGAGGAACUACACUCCACGCCACAGCACCUCCCUGUUCUCCACAAAAAGCCUUCAGGGUGCGCCAGUAUCACCCAACCCGUCCGCCCUUUCUCCACCUCCUGCCAAUACGUUGCAUCUUCUCACUCCCCCGUCCACGCCGGUAUCCCCCACCCCCAGUUACUCGGACACUUCCAGCCCUAAAGAAGGGAGGGCCUGUUCCAGCGGCGUGGAAAAAAGCACUGAGAAACCUGAGAAGGUGGAGCUCACAAAAGAGAAGAAAAAGAGACGCGUGACGUGGGAGGAUUCAGUGGAGAAUUCCAAGCCAGUUUCAGACGAGAGGUUGGACACAUCCUCCAGGAGCCCUCAGUCACCAACAAGGUCACCCCGAGGCAUUAAUGCUCCCUCCAUAUUCUCCUUUCUGAGAACAAACAGCCCCACCAGCCAUUCUCCUCCCGCGUCCACCCCGUCACCCCGGAUAAGUUCAAUGCAGCUGGGGAAAAAAGACAAGUAUCGAUCCUUUUCAUCCGACUCUGCUGAUGUACUGUCCAGCGACAACAGAUCCAGACACAGAUUCAGCGACACCGUGGACUUAGGCCAACGCAGACAGGAGGCAGUUGGCGUCCACUCUCGCUCCACUGAAGCUCUUUCUCUGCCGCCAGACUUUUUAAGCGGGUACAAAGUUCGCUACAGCUCCCCUCCAUAUUCAACUCUGGUGUCCACCAGAUCAAUACAAGGCGAGGGGAAAAGACCCACGCCAAGAUCGCCCCUCUUCAAAGAAGAGCCCCAGUCAAACUAUACAGGACAGAACCGGUACAUACUGUCUCACCGAGCUGAAGAUUUGAGUUCCCCAAAGUCAGGACCUCGUCAGUCGACCGCAAAGGCUGCAUCGUAUAGUGAUGGAUUUAACAGUGACGGUAGCAACCACAGUGGUCCUUUAUUGCUUGUAGACAACAGACUUCAGGUUGGCCCCAAGGACAAACAGGCUCACGGCUCCUCAUCCUGUGUGACUGAGACGCUUGUCUAUAGCGUCAAUACUAAGGCUAAUAACUCGAUCACUAGGAGCACGAAACCAGAUCUGCUGCCGGAUACUUUCAUCUCACCUGCUUCCUCGUCUGCUAACUGUGAACGGGAGACACAGAAAGAUUCGGGCGUUGCUUUAAGUCACAGUGGUUCCAGGCUGGCAGAUGAUGUCAGCCCAGGCCAAAAUCAAAGAACUGCUGUGAUGGGGAAAAACAGGCUUCCUUCCUUGGAGGAUAACAAAGAGCAAAACCCCAAGAAAAGCCGUUUUGUUUUAAGGAAGUCUGCCAGCGCGCCAAACUCUCAUUUGUCCAGGUCCGACUCAGACCGAUCCAACAAGACCAACAGCAAAAUGACAGUCCUCAGCAAACUGAAACAGACGUUCAGCACCAGGAGGUCCGAAGAGGAUCCCUUGUUUCCGUGGAGGUUUAAGCGUUCUUCACAACCUCCCUCUCUCAGUGGAUUAAGUGACACUAGCACCAGCAGCGAAAGUGCAGAGUCCAACAAAACACCACACAAAGGGAAGGAGUGCGUGAACAAGGAGAAAGAAAACGAAAGGGAGAGAAACGACGGAUGGAUUCAAAAGAGAUACUCCAACCCUGUGUCUCUGAAAAGUACCAAAGAAAGUCAGCAAUUUUCUCUUGCCCCAGAUAGCGGGGUUGAGGAUGGAGGACAAGUGCCUCAGAAUCUGAGUGAAGAAAGAACUAGAGCCAAUUGGACAACAAGUCUCUCCACCAGUCUUCAGAUUGAAGGUGGCAAUGGUGACAUCACAGCUAGUAACUCCCUGAGUCAGCCCGGCAAAGAUGCCGGCCUCAGCAUCUCACCCGUUCACAGUCAGCUGGCAACUAGUCCAAGAAGCCCCUUUUCACCAUUCCCCUCGUUGUCCCCGCUGUCCCCACACUCUCCACCAGACGCUAUUGAUGACAACGUCUUCUACAGCCCCAAGCUACGCCGUCGAAAGGACUCCUUGUCUCCACGGGAGCCCAGAGAGGGGAUCAGCCUCGGAGGAGCAACAAGAAGCCGGCUAUCGACAGGUCCUCCGAGUGCAGCCUCAGGAAAUACUGACUGCUUGACGUCGUCCUAUGCUGACCUGAAGUAUGGCAUUGAGCCUGGGAGGUCAGUUUCCGUCAGUUCUGUCCUCUCCAGUCGGCCUUCGGGGCCCGGGCGGAUUUCUACUGGAUCCAGGGUUAUGAGCGUCGGGGACCUCACCGCACCAAGCUUGUCCUGCAGACGUUCCAGCAGGGAUUCUGACCAGUGGGCGCUUUACCCCUCCUGGACCACAGACCUCAGUGACAGCGCCCUGGCGUAUUCCCAGGACGACGCAAGUCAAAUGAGGUCUCGAUCUCUUCCACGUUCACUAACCCGCCGUUUGGCCAACUGGGGAUCAGAGCUGUCUGGGCCACCUCCACCACUAACCACGUCAAAGUCAGCUGGUCUCUGGAGCCCGAGUUUAAACAUUUGUCAGUUCACAUGGGACACAGAGGCCCCCCCGACUCCGCCUCCAACGCCCCCCCCUGCCACCAGGCGCAUGUCAAAACCUUCCUCCUCAAACUCACCCGUCUCACCCGGAGAGUCACAGGACAGUCCACCACCCAGGGGACGUCUGCCCUCCAGGGGUUACAUCUCAAGUCUCAGCAGCUUCCAGGAAUCCUCAGAAAGCGGUUCCGACACAACAACAGACGAUGAAUAUUACCUGGAAACAGAUGAAGAAAGAGAGACGGAACUGUGAAAGAGCGGAAGCCUCAGCCUGGCAGGAAGAGAGCAGGAGAGAAUAAAUGACAGAAUGCAGAGUCUCAGAAAACUUUCAAUGGUCCUGGUGAUUUGCUUCUUUUUCUUUUUUGUGGCAAUACUGUUGAUUUUGCGUCUGUAAAUGAUGAACUCUUUUUAUAUGUUUUUGUAUAUUGUGCUCCUUGAGAUGAGAUUGUGGGCCUGCAUGGCACCUUGGGUGGGAUGAAGUCAGCUCUAGGUUUGGGGUUGAAACUAACACACAUUGAGUGAUCGCUGUCUAAAGGGAAGCUUGAGAUAAUAAUGUGUGCCACAAUUCGCCUUUGGACGUUUGCAUGGUUGUUUAAUCAUUAAAGCGUAUGAAAGAGCUGCGCUGGAUGUUAUUGGACGUCAGAUUUAUGAGGCGUCGUGAUGAAUGCUACUGAGGCGCGCGGCUGCUCUCACAGAAGUGCUCUGUCAAAUUUCUGACAUUUUUCUAAAUUAAAUAUUGUAUUUGCAAUAACCACAUCAAAGUUCUAAUAUAUUUUAUAAAUAAAAA